UGGGAUGUUUACCUGGCUGCCAGUGUGUUCAGCUUCUGCUGCAAGGAGCACCCCACCACUAGACAAAUACCUCUGUCUCUGCUGCGCUGCAGAGGGACUCAGUCUGUCUCCACCUCACCAAGAAAGCUGCCUUACAAUGGGAUUAAAGGAAGAACCUUUGUCAUACUAGAGGCCCAACCACCUACAAAGGAAGUCUGUGUGGAGUGCAAUCAGUGCUUGGAAUGGAUGUUGGUCACUCAGGACUCUGAGCUGAAGAGAUAUGAGGAGAUGAAACUUGGGGAUGAGGACUACACCCACACCUGUGUGAGCUGCAGGGUGGCCAUGAGCUGCAGGGUGGCCCUGGAGGUCAUGAGAGGUUAGCAGACAAGGACAUGAAGAACUGGAUGUAAAUGAGAAAGCUUUUCAAACAAGGACUGAAAAGAUGGAGGAUAUAAUAAGGACGUUGGAAACCAAGUGGUGGUGAAGGAAGAUGUUGAUAUAGGAGUGAAGAGGUUAUAGGAGUGAAGGUUCCUAGUGGAAGAAGUACAUGUUGUGUAUGUAUUUGUAUAAGUUGCUCUGAUGACCCUUUUGUCAUUAAAAACAACGGUAUAAAGUGUUUAAAUUA